GCGAAGGAACAUAACCUUAAAAAACAAUUGCGCUGUGUCAAACUGCUCAGGAAAAGUGUUAGGAAAAUCUUCAAGAAAAUCAUAUAAAGGGAAAAAUGUCUACACUCGACAAGCUUCUUAUCAGAGGCAUCCGGAGCUUUGGCUCCCAGACAGGAGAUGAACAGCAGAUAUCCUUUGUUUCUCCGCUCACGCUGAUCGUGGGGGUGAAUGGGAGUGGAAAGACGACGAUUAUUGAAUGCCUGAAGUAUGCUCUGACGGGUGAAGUGCCUCCUGGAUCUGACAGAGGAGCCGGCUUUGUCCAUGAUCCCAAGAUCUAUCAGUUCAGCGAGUGCCUGGGCCAGGUGAAGCUCAAUGUGAAGGACAUCAAAGGGACCACCCACAUUGUCACGCGCUCAAUGAAGGCGAUGCUGAAGACAACAAAGACAAGUAAGUCCACUUUUGAGACAAUUGACGUGAAUAUUUACUGUCCGGGAGUAGGACCCUCGAAGGGGUCAAUGAGUAAGAGAGUGGCGGAUAUGAAUGCUGAAAUGUGUGACAUCAUGGGAGUGUCGAAAGCUAUUCUCAACAAUGUCAUCUUCUGCCAUCAGGAGGAUUCCAGUUGGCCCCUGGAUGAGCAGAAGAAGGUCAAGGAGAAAUUUGAUGCAAUUUUCGGGACAACAGAGUACAACAGGGUGAUUGAUAAGUUGAUAAAAUUGCGCAAGGGCUAUGCUGAGAAGAUUACGAAGAAAAAUGGAGAUUUGCGAUUGCUGGAGAGUCACAAACAGGAUGCUGAGGCUAAGAAUGUGGAAAUGGAGAGGCUGAGGAGGCGAGAGACGAAAUUGUCAGAGAGUCUGGCUCAGUAUGAGGAGGAUAGGAAGCCUCUGGAGUUGAGAUUGGAGAAGAUCCGGAAUGUUGAGAUGGAGUACAGCAAACUCUACUCGAAAUUGGUGGAAUUGCAGACAGAGCUGAAGAACAAGAAGGAGCGCGAAGAGAGUCUCAGGAAGAACAUCAAGGAGAUCUUCGAUGGGAGUCUUGAGCUACUCGAAGUGGAAAUUGCAAAUUUUGAUCGGAGAAUGCGUUCUAAGAAAGAUGAAUUGAUGGGCCUGGAGACACAGUGUUCAUCCCUGCGUGGCGAAGAGCAAUCCCUGGAGAAAGCCAUCACGCAGAUUGAGAUCAACAGUCGGCUGCUAAUUGAAAAAAUCACACAGGAGCAGAAUCUCAGUGCAGAUCGGGCUAGAAAUGCCAGAAAACUCACGGAAAUGCUCAAAAUUCAGACAAAUCAUGAUCUGGAGAAUUCCAAUGCAGCUGUCGAGGAGAUUCUGCCAAAGAUUGAAGAUGCCAUUCAUGCCAAAAAUGCCGCAGUCGAUGAGAUGGUUGCGAAGCAGGAGAGGGCAGAAGAAACAGCCCAGAAGGCCAUCGAUGACUUGAGGAAUGCCAUAACAAAGCUAGAGAGCGAGAUUGAGGGCAAAAACAGGCAAAUGCAGGAGAAAAAGACGGAAGAGGCAAAAAUUCAGCUGGAAAUUGAUGACGUGGAACGAUCUCAGGCAACCCUGAAGGAUCUCGGGGUGGAAAUUGAGAGAGCUACAAAGGAACUGGACAAUCUCAAGGAGGCUGUCAAUGAGGAAGCUACAAAGAAGGACAUUGAUGAUCUCAGGGAGAGUCUCAAGGUGAAACAGAGGAAGUUUGAUGAAGUCGAUGAGGAGAUUCACUUCCUCAGCUCAAUAGCUUCAGCCACAGCAGAAAUCACCACCAAAGAGCAGCAACUGGAGGAACGCCAGCAGGAAGCUAAACGCAUCCGGAACAAACAUUCGGACUCCCUAAAGGACUUCUUUCCUCAGGGAAUCUCAUCAAAUUACCGUCGGAGUGUGAUCUCUGUCCAGGAGAACCUCCAGCGGGAGAUUCAGAACAACAAUGGCCAGAUAAUGACAAAUCAGAAGCGACUGGCUCAGCUGGAAGCCACCAGGAAGACUCAGGUGGAAGAAUUGAAGCGCCUCCGUUCGGAUUUGACAUCCGGCGAGGAGGAGAUCUACCAACUGUGCCAUUCAAAGCCCUACCAUGAAGUUGUAGAGAGUCUCCGGGAGCAAAUAGCCAAGAGUCAGCUCGAGCAUGGAAGCCUCAAGUCAUCAGAGAGUUUCUACAGGAUGUACAUUGAAAAAAUGUCCGAGACUCCAUGCUGUCCGCUCUGUCACAAAGAUCUGCAGAGUUCCGAAGUGGAGAAUCUCAGUUCGGAGCUGACGGAUGAAAUCAGAGGAAUCCCUCAGAAGGCGGAGAAAACUGAUGCUCAGUUGAAGGCACUCCGGAAGAAGUAUGAUGCUCUGAUGGCCCUCAAACCCGUCACUGAGAGGCUUGAGCAACUCAAGAGAGACAUUCCGCGCAAGGAAGACAAUCUAAGGGAGACAGAAAGGAGUUUCAGUGAAGUUACUACGUUCCUGGAGGAUCUGGAGAUGUCCCUGGCGGAACCGGAGUCAAAACUAAAAAUUGCCAGUGGACUUAUUGGAGAUAUGAGUGUCCUGGAUGACGUCCUCCGUCAUAUUGCUCGACUGGAAGGUGAACUGGUCAAGGCCAGGGAACAACUUCCAUCGAGGACCUGUAAAUGGACCCUGGAGGAUGCUCAAGUUGAAAAAUCCACUCUGUCAGUCGAGUUGAAAGAUUCCCGAGAAGAACUAGAAACACGCGAACUUGCUCUCAACGAACACAAGGAAAAAGUAAACACGCUCCGGGAGAAGCGAAAUCGUCUUGAAGGCAGACAAAUUGAUCUGCAGAAGGGUGUUCAGGCUCUUUCGCAGCUGCGAAUUCGAGUAGAGGAACUCCGUGGACAAAUCAGUCAACUGAAUCAGGAAAUCAGUGAGGGGAAGCAUCGACUUCUGCCCAUGAAUCGUGACCUGGAAGCGAAAAAUGAAGCCAGAAGUCGCCUAAGGGCGAAGAAUCGCGAGAUCAUGGCGAAGGAACGAGAAGUUCUAGACACAAUCAAGAGGAUCAAGGGAGAAAUUGCCACUCAGUCGCGAGCCCUUCGAGAGAGUCAGCAGAAGAAUCUGCAGGAGCAACUGGGAAAACUGCAGCGUGGAAAGAAUGAUUCGGAGAAGAUGCUAAGUACCGUCCGGAAGGACUUGGGAACCUUGGUGAAGCAAGUGGACGACGUAAAGAGUGCCAUUGCUAAGCAAGAUAUGGAAAAGAGACAGUUGACGGACAAUCGUGAACUGAAGCAUCUCCAGCGAGAUCAAGAAGAUCUGGAUAAGCGUUACGAGGAACUCAACAAGGAUGUCGGCGGAUUGAACAUCAAACACUUGAUGCGCGAGAAGAAAGAACUUCAAACGAAGCAGGAUAAAAUUACGCAGGAAAGUAGCAAGUUACUGGGACAAAAGUCCGAGCUUGAAGGGCAGAUUGAAAAACUAGAGAGAGAACUGAAUGAGCCAAGGUACAAGGAAGCCGUAAAGAACUACCGAACUACGGUCUACGUACUGAAAGUUCUGAAGAAGACAGUAGAUGACAUCAAUCAGUAUCGGAUUGCGUUGGAAUGGGCUCUGCUGAAGUACCAUUCGGAGAAGAUGAUCCGGAUCAAUAGAUUGAUCAAAGAUCUCUGGUUGGAAAUCUACCGUGGCAGAGAUAUCGAUUAUAUACAAAUUCGUACGGAUGAAUCACCAGCAACGGCUUCAGAUCGUCGUAGAUCCUACAACUACCGCGUUGUCCAGAUCAAGAAUAGUGCAGAGAUCGACAUGAGAGGACGCUGCAGUGCUGGCCAACGUGUUCUCGCUUCCCUUAUCAUCCGAAUUGCCCUAGCUGAAACCUUCAGUCACAACUGCAACGUACUGGCUUUGGAUGAACCUACAACGAACCUAGACUACGCAAACGUUGAGUCCCUAGGAGAAGCUCUGAGUAGACUUGUGGAGAAACGAGAGUAUCAGUCCAACUUUAUGCUCAUUGUCAUCACACACGAUGAAACAUUCCUGCAUUCCCUCAAGAAUUUCGAAUACUACUACCGCGUGAAGCAAGACAAGGGCAAAUCUGUGAUCGUCCGGCAUAAGAAAGGCGAUUGAAAUUUCUUCGAAACUUUACUUUAUUCUUUUCAACUUACAUCUGCGUAUUUACAAAUGGCGCUAAAUAAAUAAAAUGGAGUGCCUAUUCUAAA